GGAUAGCUAAAUCAGGAACACACACUUGAAGGACACACACUUGAAGAAUCUAUAAUCUAGAGGCCGUAGUGUUUAAGACAUAGUGAUCUGUCAUCCUAUUCAUUCAACGCGGAUACAGAAUUUGACUUUUUACAAUUUACGACCUGACCCACUGCUCCUGAGUAAACCUGAUCAUCAAACACAAUGGGAGACUGGGGUUUUCUCUCCACGUUACUGGACAAGGUGCAGUCCCACUCUACCGUCAUUGGAAAGAUCUGGAUGAGCGUCCUCUUCAUCUUCAGGAUCCUCGUUCUGGGCGCAGGAGUUGAGAAUGUGUGGGGAGAUGAGCAAUCUGAUUUAAUUUGCAACACCCUCACACCGGGUUGUGAGAAUAUCUGCUAUGACUGGAAGUUCCCCAUCUCACACGUCCGCUUUUGGGUCAUGCAGAUCAUCUUCGUGUCCACUCCAACCCUGCUGUACCUAGGCCACGCCAUCCACAUCAUCCACCAGGAGAACAAGCUUAGAGAGAUGCGCAAGAGCAACCAGUCAGUCAAGGCACCAAAAUACACAGAUGAAAAUGGCAAAGUCCGAAUCAAGGGCAGGUUGCUGUGUAGCUACUUGACACAGCUGUUUUUCAAAAUCAUCCUGGAAGUUGCUUUCAUCGUUGGCCAGUAUUACCUGUACGGCUUUGUAAUGAUACCUGAAUUCCAAUGUAACAAGUCCCCUUGCCCAGUGGUCACACAGUGCUUCAUGUCCAGACCCACAGAGAAGACCAUCUUUAUUAUCUUUAUGCUUGCGGUUGCAUGCGUUUCCCUGGCCUUGAAUGUGCUAGAAGUGUGCUAUUUGCUUUGUUGUAGAGUAAGAAGACGGCCAGAACAUGAAGGCCUGAUGCUCUACAAUAUAAAUGCCAAUAGUCCACCAUUAGGUGCAAUAAGCCUGGAAGCUGCAGCGUGUGUUAAGCAGAACGGCAUGAAUGGAGUCAUGGAGAAGCAUUGGGCAUACAGGGGCCAUAACGCUGCUGAAGAAAUACAACUGUAAAUCUACAUGCAUAACUACACUCUAAAAAUUGCUGGGUUAAAAAAUCCCAACUUGGGUAAAUUUGGAAACUCGGCGCUGGUCCAGUAUGAACUAAGCCAGCAUAGGUUGUUUUAAUUUAGUGAGAAAGGGUUAGGAUGUUGACCACAGCAUGCUGGGUUGGUUUGUCUAACCCAACUUGUGGGCAAAAAUGAUUACAUUGCUGGACUACAGUCGCUGAGUUCUUAUGGUUACAGUGUGUGUGAUUUUUAUUUUUUUUAAUCAGCAUAAAAGAAGCUUCAAGCAGCACUUUUUCUGUACAAAAACACAUACUAUGAAAGCAGUCUGACUCAACUAUAAUGUGAUAACUCAGUGUCCAAAUGACUGUGACUGAAAUCACGAGUUCUGAAUAUCAAACGCAGGAUUAGAAUUAAUCUAACUUCAGUGCGAGCCAAAAAUGUUACUUAAUUUAAUGUUAUUUAACUAGCUACAUGUAACAUAGAAGCCCAAAAUUAGGCAACUUAAUGUUAACUGUAAAUAUAAUUACAUAAGAAUUUAAACUAAUCUUUAAUCUUUUCUACCAAAAUACUAAUUUGUUUUAUUCAUUCAAAGCCAAAUUCUGACAAGUUGCUUCUCUGUCUCAGCAGUGGAAAUUUCCAGAUGAUGAAUCUUGGCACAAUUGCCUGUUCCUUUUCAGGUUCACAUCCCCAACCCCAGACAAGCUAAACCCAGCAACUGGUUUGUAAAAAAUAACCCAUCGUUUUUUAGAGUGUAACAAAAAUGUAUGAAUAUACUGUAUUAUUUAGUAGGCUAAUAUAUUGUCAUAGUAAACUAAUGAUAUUGCACACCAGAAGACACACUGUACUUUUUGAGUUGACUCUAAUUUACUCUUCCAGUCAGCUUUAGGCAAUAGAUUAAUUUUCCUGUCAUUUAUAUCCUGAUACUCUAUAAUCACAUACAGAUUUCACCUUAUUGUGUUACUUCAACACUUUUAAAUUUUUAAGCAUUUUUUAUGUGCAGAAUAAUACUUUAAACAUACUGCAUGACUUAUGAAAUAUCUGACAAAGCUUGUAAGAUACUGCCUAGAAUAUGUGACAUUAAACUAUGGUCAUUGUGUUUAAACUGUAUUUGCACAUUAAUAUUGUGAUUCAGUUUUACUGUGAAUAAACUGGAUGCCCUACAUGUGGAGCU